AAAUUAGAAACCAUACCCAAAGUCGAAACCAAACCCAAAAUUGUGAAGGAUGAGUUAGGAUUGAGUUGACCAUCCAAUCCAAUUGGUCCGAGGUACACCCAAUAGCAAGCUAGUCCAUUAAAUAAUGUUGAAAGAGGCCCACACGCCUCCAAGAAAGUUCCUAUGGUUUUACCGUCGAAGACUUAAACAAAUUCAAGUCAAUGCACACAAAAACCAAAACACGUAGCAAAAAAUAAUUUUUUAAAGAAAUAAAUACCAACACACCCAACCACUCACCAAGGAAUAUUAAUAAUAUAAUAAAUUUCUAGUACUUAAUAAUUGCCCGACACAAACACACUCUGUAAUCAUCUCCUUUUACUCUGUUUCUCUCUAAAGCCUGAACCUUUUGUUUACAUUAAUUUUUCCUUGGGAGAUCAAAAAUGGCAGAAUCAGGCGGCUGCUGCCGGUGCUGCUUCAGCUUCAUCUUCACUCUUGGCCUCACAGCCCUCUUCAUGUGGCUCAGCCUUCGCACCUCAAAUCCCACCUGCAAAGUCCGCUCAUUAUACAUUCCUGCCCUCAACAGGACCCUAAACGACACCACAAACAAGACCCUCUACGUCACCCUCAGGCUGGAGAACCACAACAAGGACAAGGGAAUUUACUACGAUGCCAUCAACCUCAAUUUCACUCUGCCCAACGCCACUAAGCCCAUAGCUACUGCUUUUGUGCGCAACUUCUACCAGGGGCAUCAGAAGAAGGCCACAAAGUCUGCGGUUGGGGAGCCCAAGGAGCUCAACUGGACAGCUGUCUCCAAUGCGACCUACUCUAAUGGGACUGUGCAUUUCAGGGUGGAUUUGGUCACCGCUGUGAGGUUCAAGAUCAUGUUCUGGAGGACCAAGAGGCACAGGUUGAUGGUUGGGGCAGAUGUGGUGGUCAACGACUCUGGGGGUUACGUCAACCCCAAGAACAAGAAGGAUAUCAAGCUCUCUGCUGCACCAGAUCAUCAGAUGAUUAAGUGCCUUCUUGGGCAGGUGGGGGUUUUUGCCAAUUUGUUGGUCUUGAUUUUGCUCAAUUUGUGAUUUUGCUCCAUUGACUGAAUUGCAUUUCAGUGUUAUUUUUUAUUUUUGAUUAUUAUUUUUCUGUUCUUUUUUUAACUUAGGAAGGAAGAAAUUGGUGCUAACUUUUUGUACUAAAAUGUUGAAAUGGAAGUUCAAAUUUUUGGUGGCUA